AUGGCCCCCUUUUUCAGUAAACACACAAUCUUGUCUGGUCAUAUUGAUUUCUAUUGUUUAGUUUGCGAAAAUCGUUUUUUGACAGUAGAAGAUACAAUUAAACAUAUUAUAACAGAUUCUCAUGAACAGCAAUUGGGCAAGACAAUAUAUGAGUCUAAAGAUGAUGGCAUUAAAAAAAUCAAACUAUGGUAUUUCUGUGAAUUUUGUAGUAUAGUCUUGAAAACCAAAGCUAAAGUAAGAUUACAUAUUGUGGAAACGCAACAUGUUGCAAACAAAAAAGACCAGUUCAUCAAAAGAUAUGGAAAUGCUUUAAUUGCCUUUGACGAUGUACACAUUGAUAAUGAAGCCUGGGAAGGUUUGUGUGAUAGCACAUGCAUUCUAUGUAACAAUGAGUAUGAAGAUGUUUCAGGACACUUAAAAGAUCCCAUACAUCAUAUAAACUUUAUGCAAAGUAAUAUUGAAUUUCAGAACAAAAAUAUUUUCCGUAUGGUAGAUGAGACAUCUUUUCAUUGUAUUACCUGCAAUUCUCAAGAAGCCUUGCCAGUUAAUACACAUUUUGAUGCUUCACAACAUAUAGAUAUGUAUUUAAAAUGUCAAAUGUUAGCAGCUAAACUCAUUGAUGAUCAAAACAGUGGUGAAGAAAUAUCAGCUAAAGAAAAUGAAGUUCAACAAAAAAUUGAUAUUCCUGAACUUGCUAGUAAAGAAAAAGCUAUACCUUUGGAUAUUCAAACAGAUCUCCUAAAUAUGCAAAAUGAAGAUGUGGAAAUACAUUUUCCUAUACCAUUGCCUGAGUUAAAAAAAACUAUAUAUACAGAUGAAAAAUCUGAUCAUCCUGAAGAAAUUGUAAAUAAUACAGUCGAAACAAAUGCUUACGCAAUUGAAAACACUGUAUUUAAUUUAAAAGAAGCAGAAGAAAUGAUUUGUAAAGUUCUCGAUACUGAUAACUAUGUUAUAAAAAAUGAUGACGGACCCGGGAAAUGGUGUAUUUUAUGCGAUUGGGUUAUGGGUUCAUUUGAAAUAAAUGCACAUUUGACUAGUGUACACCAUACAAAUAUUCUUAAACUACAUAAAAUGCGUAUUCAAAAAUCAAAGAACCAGGGAUAUAAAAACAAAACUCCAGUUGAACAAAAUAAAACUUUAAAGCCAUCAAACAUAGAGACUGGAAAUGAAAACAUUCAAGAAGAAUUUGAGAAAAUGGAAAAUGAGGUGCCUCAACAGAACUCAACACUUAAUUCUCCCCUGGUCUUACUCAAUGAGCCUGAAAAAAAUUCAACUGAACUUCAACAUAAUAUGAUUGUAGAUGCUUUAAAAAGAUUCCAGAAUAAUCAUAUUGACAUUAACUUUAAUAAUAUGAAAGCGAUGUGUAGACUAUGUUCCACAAAAGUUGAUUUUAAUUAUAUAUCAAUUGAAGAACAUAUAGGUCAACAUGAGAAAAAGAUUAAUGAGUCAGGCCCAAAAAAAAAUUCCAAACAAAUUGACAAUGAUUCUAGCCAGACACAAUUGACUGACAGAACACUUAUAAAUUCAUUAAAACAGUUUCAGAAAAAUUAUAUUAAUAUUAAUUUUGAAACUAAGCAGGUGACAUGCAAGAAAUGUUCUAUAAAUUUAUCUUUUGAUUACAAUACUGUAAAAGGUCAUAUUUUUACACAACACAUGGACGACCUUAAAGAUAAACAAAAGACAAAACAAGAAAGUGAUACACUAUUAAAUUUAACUCCUCAAAUAAAUGAAGAAGAAAACUAUGCAAACAAAAACAACUUUAAACAUUUACCGGAUCAGAAUUUAGUUUCUUGUGAAAUAUGUAAAACACAAGUAUCAUUUUCCUUAAAAGAUAUGGUAGAUCAUAUACAUUCAAAUGCACACAAAUCACAAGUUGAAGCAAAUAAAACUAAAAUUGAAACUAUACCUUUAAAUUUAUUCAUCCAAACAUUAGUAACAGUAGACACUGGUACUUUCAAAGAUCACAUUAUAAACAAUGAAAUUUGCAUGAAUGUACUGAGUUUUAUCUUGCUUACUAGCAUUCCAGAAGUGAAUAUGUUUAAAUGUCUAUGUUGUGAUUUGUAUCUUCAUGAAGACGAGUGGUUGCCGCAUACAAAAUCAAAAGAUCAUCUUGACGUGUUAAAUAAUAUGAAACUUGUGAUCAAUGUAAAAGAUGAAUUUAUACGACAACUACCCUCUAAUCACUAUCACUGUGGGUUUUGCAAUAUAAUAGUUAAUUGUUGGCAAGAUGUGUCAACUCAUUUAAGUACAAUAUCCCAUAAACAGUGUAAAAUUUCAGCAAAAGUUAGAUUACAAUCACAUACUUCAUCAAUUGCUGAUUAUGAGAGUAAAGUGAGUAAUGAAUCAAGAUUUUUUUAUGAAAUUAUAUUAAAAUAA